UGCACCAGGCAGAGGAUGCAGCUGAUUGUCAUGGCAGCAGUGCUGGCAAUGGCGGGGGCAGGGGUGGGGGCGAGGCAGGCCUGCACGUCCAGAUGUCACCCGACCAGGGUCCCCAUCACGGUGGAGGGCUGCGGCAUCGAAAAGGAAAUCUACACCACCAUUUGUGUCGGACAGUGUCACUUUGAGUAUCCAUUCUCGCCUGAGUAUGAUGUCAUGCCUAAAGAGAGAAUCUGUAACGGAGAUUGGUCCUAUGAGGCGACGCACAUUGAAGGGUGUCAAGCGGCUGUCACCUACCCCGUGGCCAGUAACUGCCGCUGUAAGAUGUGCAAUGGAGAAUACACAUCCUGCAAGAGUUAUUAUGAUGACUUAACCAGCUGCCUGUCCUUUUAA